GAACAUAUCCAUUGAGAAAUCAUCAACUUCCCUACCAACUAUAUUGUUCCUGCAUCUCUCUGUAGAAAAAGAGCUUACUUCCUUUCUGGGUCCUCUAAUGGCUAAUAAGCCUGUCUCAAUUGAAGUUUGGAAUCCAAAUGGCAAAUACAGAGUGAUCAGCACAAAACCCAUGCCCGGUACUCGAUGGAUUAAUCUACUCAUUCAACAAGACUGCCGUCUUGAGAUAUGUACCCAGAAGAAAACAAUCCUAUCUGUAGAGGAUAUCAUAGCUCUCAUCGGUGAUAAAUGUGAUGGAGUGAUUGGUCAGUUGACAGAGGAAUGGGGAGAGACAUUGUUUUCUGCAUUGAGCAAAGCUGGAGGAAGAGCUUUUAGUAACAUGGCUGUUGGAUAUAAUAAUGUUGAUGUUGAUGCUGCAAACAAAUAUGGUGUUUCUGUGGGAAAUACACCUGGAGUGUUAACUGAGACUACAGCUGAGUUAGCAGCUUCUCUGUCUUUAGCAGCAUCAAGGAGGAUUGUUGAAGCAGAUGAGUUCAUGAGAGCUGGUCUUUAUGAAGGAUGGCUUCCUCAUCUUUUUGUAGGCAAUUUGCUCAAAGGACAGACUGUUGGUGUUAUUGGUGCUGGUCGAAUUGGUUCUGCUUAUGCUAGAAUGAUGGUUGAGGGAUUCAAGAUGAACUUGAUUUACUUUGACCUUUACCAAUCCACGCGAUUAGAGAAGUUUGUCACAGCAUAUGGUCAGUUCUUGAAGGCAAAUGGGGAGGAACCUGUCACAUGGAAAAGAGCAUCAAGUAUGGAUGAAGUUCUUCGUGAGGCUGAUUUGAUAAGUCUACAUCCAGUGUUGGAUAAAACAACUUAUCACCUUGUAAACAAGGAGAGGCUAGCUAUGAUGAAAAAGGAUGCAAUCCUUAUAAACUGCAGCAGAGGGCCUGUAAUUGAUGAAGUAGCUUUGGUUGAACAUCUUAAACAUAAUCCCAUGUUUCGAGUUGGUCUCGAUGUCUUCGAGGAUGAGCCUUAUAUGAAGCCUGGACUUGCUGACAUGAAAAACGCAGUAAUUGUUCCUCACAUCGCCUCUGCAUCCAAGUGGACUCGAGAAGGAAUGGCAACACUUGCUGCUCUAAAUGUGUUGGGAACGAUUAAAGGAUACCCAAUUUGGCAUGAUCCAAACCGAGUCGACGCAUUCCUCAAUGAGAAUGCUCCUCCUCCGUCAGCUUGCCCGAGCAUUGUCAACUCAAAGGCCUUAGGCUUACCAGUUUCAAAAUUAUGAAAUGGUUGGGCAUUGGAUUCAUAAAGAGAGGGAGAUGUGUUGUAAUAUUUCCAAAAAAAUGCAUUAAUCUGAUGUAAUUUGCUCAUGAAACUGCUAAGCUAUGUAUAUUUUAUGUUUGUCAAUAAUAUUUUAUUAAUAAAAAAAAGAAACACUAUCCAUUGGGAAAAUGAUAAACUUUAUUUAUUGUGUUUGCAA